AUGUCGGACGUCCCGUCAGUAGCCUUGCUCCCCAUCCCCAAUAAGCAGCGAGGCCUGCGAAGCCGUCAAUCUCCCAGUAAUUGCUCCCCGGGCAUCCCGGAACGCAGCAGCGGAGGCGAUCUUCUCGCCAACGAGAUUACACAAUGGUUCGGACUUAACACGUCCCAACGCUCCGAGACGUACAAACAGCAGGGUUAUCUGAACACCAUGAGGGCAGUCAAGGUCUACGGUCAGCAGGAGAGAAGGGGAGGGGGAAAAGAUGGCUUGGGUUACGCCACCUGCUCACCGAAACCCAAUUUCUGGCUCAUUGCCAACGGCCAGGUCUACGCACCGCCUCAAUCAUGA